AUGGCAAUGCAAUUAGGGUCUUUGCUCUUCGGUCUAGUGCUAGUAAUUGGCUUUUCAUUGCAAAGUAGCGAAGCUGCUACAGAUCCAGUUGUUUGUGACACUAUCAACAGGACCAAUUUCGAAACAGGGUUCAUAUUCGGCGCGGCUUCAGCAUCUUACCAGUAUGAAGGUGCUGUCCAAGAAGAUGGUAGAGGACCAAGCAUAUGGGAUAACUACACCCAAGAAUAUCCAGAGAGAAUUAAGGAUGGGAGCAAUGCGGAUGUCACAGUUGAUCAAUAUCACCGCUAUAAGGAAGAUGUAGGGAUCCUGAAUGAUACGGGAUUGGAUGCUUAUAGGUUCUCUAUCUCGUGGUCCAGAGUGUUACCAAAUGGAACACUAAGCGGAGGCGUGAACGAGGCUGGAAUUGAAUAUUACAACAAACUCAUCAAUGAAACCCUAGACAAAGGUCUAAAGCCAUUUGUGACCAUCUUUCAUUGGGAUCUUCCACAAGCUUUGGAAGAAGCAUACGGUGGUUUCUUGAGCCAUCGAAUUGUCGAGCAUUUUAGGGAUUAUGCAAACCUUUGUUUUGAGAGAUUUGGUGAUCGAGUAAAGUAUUGGAUCACAUUGAAUGAGCCAUAUGCCUAUAGUAACAUGGGUUAUGCAAUCGGGACCUUCGCACCGGGACGAUGCUCUGAUUGGCAGCAAUUAAACUGCACUGGAGGAAAUUCCGCUACUGAAACCAUAUUUAGUGACACACAACCUCCUCCUUGCUCAUGCAAAUGCUGUAGACUUGUACAGGACUACAUAUCAGGUCCGGCAUUUCAACGUGGCGUGAUAGGGAUAACACUAGUGUCACAUUGGUUUGUGCCAACUUCUAAUGCAAAGCGCCAUACAAAUGCGCAAUCACGAGCUUUGGAUUUUAUGUUCAUGGACCCAAUUACAAGUGGCCACUAUCCGCACAGCAUGCAAGUUCUUGUUGGUUCUCGAUUACCAAGAUUCACGAAAAACCAAUCCGAGUUGCUAGCUGGGUCAUUUGAUUUUCUUGGACUAAAUUAUUAUACUACUUACUACGCAAGCUAUGCAGGUCACAACAAUUCUGUAAACGCGAGCUACCUAACAGAUGCUCGCGUUACUCAAUCACCGGAGCUUAAUGGGGUUCCAAUUGGUCCACAGGCUGGUUCAGACUGGUUAUAUAUUUAUCCGGAAGGAAUUUACGAUCUUUUACUCUACAUAAAGAAUAAGUAUGAUAGUCCAAUCAUUUACAUUACGGAGAAUGGCGUUGAUGAGUUGAAUGAUCCCACACUAUCACUUGAGCAAUCCCUUAAUGAUACUGUUAGACUUGACUACCACCAUGACCACCUCUGUUAUGUUCAAGCAGCAAUCAAAAACGGUACUAACGUGAAGGCAUACUUUGCGUGGUCAUUACUAGACAACUUUGAAUGGAAUUCUGGAUUCACUGUUCGAUUCGGUCUCUAUUUGUUGAUUUCAAGGAUGGACUAA